GCGCUGGGGGGCUGUGGGCUCCGUGUGCCCCGCACCCCUUCCCUCUCCUCACCUCCCUCCGAAGCCUGGAUCUCGCUCGGCCCAGGAUUUACCCUGGACCGCCCAACUCGUAACCCCGACACCUGCCUCACCCCCAGCCCUUGGCUCUCUUGGCCGGGGACCCGCUCAGGCCACGGACCUCCUCGCCCCCGACCUUCUUAUCCAUGGACCUUGUGGCCCCGGAUCCCACCUUUCCUCUUCACUUGCAGGGUCCACAUCCCUGUCCCAAACUGCCCAUCCCCUGCCUUUCCUUCAUUUGUUCAUGCCUGGGCCACUCCUGUUCCCUCGCCUUCACCUCUCCUGGGGUGUCCCCCAGGCUGACCUCCUCAGGCUGACCUCCUGUCUCCUCCUCCCACAGCGAGACCUGCAGACGAAGCUGCAGCUGCGCUACCAGGAGAUCUCCAAGCGAACUCAGCCUCCUCCCAAGCUCCCUAUGGGCCCCAGCCACAAGCUCUCCAACAAUUACUAUUGCACUCGUGAUGGCCGCCGGGAAGUUGUGCCCCCCUUGAUUGUCAUGUCCUCACAGAAGGCGCUGGUGGCAGGCAAGUCAGCAGAGAGCUCAGCUGUGGCGGCCACUGAGAAGAAGGCAGUGACACCAGGUCCUCCCAUGAAGAGGUGGGAGCUGUCCAAGGACCAGCCUUACCUGUGACACAGUGCCCCUAGGACACCUGGCCGUGCCCUCAGGCCUAUCUGACUGCUUGGAUUCUGUCUGAAAAGAAUGUCUUGUAAUUUAUGACAAAUACAUGUAGCUUCAGUAUCA